AUGGGUGUAUUGAAUGCUCUUCGAAGGGGCCUUGUGAGAGGAGCUGAUCGUAUGGCUGAAUUCACCAGCAAGCGUGGCUCAAGGACUCACUACAAAGGCAGAGGGGCACAGCCAACAGGAGUACUGACCUCCAGCAGAAAAUUUGUUCCAGUACAGGCAAUGAUUCCUCAGUUUGUGGUGCCAAACUUGGAGGGAUUCAAACUCAAGCCCUACGUGUCGUACCGCACCCCUGCUGGAACGGAGCCCGCUGUCACCCCUGAGGGUCUGUUCUCUGAGACUGUGGCCCCACAGAUCCAGAAAGACUUUGAGGAAGGCUCCUUUGAUAAGGAACAGCUGGAGAAAUACGGGUUUGAACCCACACAGGAAGGAAAGUUAUUCAAACUCUACCCCAAGAACUUUAUACGAUAAGUAGUCCAUCUGGAACUCUGAGCGUUAAGGAUCAUUGACUUAUUUAGUUUGUGUUGGGAGGUCAGGAGGUUGUUUUACUGGACCCUGGUGUAUUAUGAAUGUGCUUGCUGAAAGUACUAGUAUAUGCACUUCUUAUUUAAACAUGUAUAUUAUGUUUUGGUCUUAAUUUUUUUUAGACCUCUAUGCAUGUUGGCUACAGGUUAUUCGAAUGUAGUCGAGGUUUGCACUAAGCAAAAUCAUUGCUCAGUGCAAAAUGCUUACUUACGAGCCCUUAACCAACAAUGCCGUUUUUAAAAAUCCAGAUAAGAAAUAACAAUAAGUAAUUCAAGAGCAGUGGUAAAAUAACUAUAGUGAGACUAUAUACAGGGGGGUACCAGUACAUAGUCAAUGUGUGGGGCACUGGGUUAGUUGAGGUAAUAUGUACAUGUAGUUAGAGUUAUUAAAGUAACUAUGCAUACAUAACAACAGAGAGUAGCAGCACUGUAAAAGGAGCCAUUUGAUUAGAUGUUCAGGAGUCUUAUGGCUUGGGGCUAUAAGCUGUUUAGAAGCCUCUUUGACCUAGGCUUGGCACUUUAGUACCGCUUGCCGUAUGGUAGCAGAGAGAACUGUCUGACGAGGGUGGCUAGAGUCGUUGGCAAUUUUUGGGGCUUCUUCUAACACCGCCUGGUAUAGAGUUCCUGGAUGGCAGGAAGCUUGGUCCCAGUGAUGUACUGGGCCGUUUGCACUACCCUCUGUAUUGCUUUGCGGUCGGAGGCCGAGCAAUUGCCAUACCAGGCAGUGAUGCAACAAGUCAGGAUGCUCUCGAUGGUGCAGCUGUAGAACCUUUUGAGGAUCUGAGGAUCCAUGGCAAAUUUUUCAGUGUAUAUAUACAAAUAAAUAAAUGUAACAUGUAAAGUGGCCUGCGUUUUAUUCUCUUAAAUACAAGAUCCCAGAAAUGUU